CUCGAAUUACGACCUCAUUGUCGAGGGUUUUCUGUUUGACGGGGUUUGUUCAGUAACAGUGUGUUUUCGACCAAGCAAAUAAGCAACAAUGAGGGAGAUCGUGCAUUUACAGGCUGGACAGUGCGGCAACCAGAUUGGUGCCAAGUUCUGGGAAGUCAUUAGUGACGAGCAUGGAAUUGACCCAACAGGCAGUUACCAUGGCGACAGUGACCUUCAGCUGGACCGAAUUAAUGUUUAUUAUAAUGAAGCCACAGGUGGGAAGUAUGUUCCACGUGCCGUACUGGUGGAUUUGGAGCCUGGUACAAUGGACUCCGUGAGGUCUGGUCCAUUUGGUCAGAUCUUCAGACCAGACAACUUUGUGUUCGGCCAGAGUGGUGCUGGAAACAACUGGGCCAAGGGCCACUACACUGAAGGAGCUGAACUGGUUGAUUCCGUUCUCGAUGUGGUUCGAAAAGAGGCUGAGAGCUGUGACUGUCUGCAAGGCUUCCAGCUCACUCAUUCUCUGGGUGGAGGUACGGGGUCUGGUAUGGGUACUCUCCUCAUUAGCAAAAUCCGCGAGGAGUAUCCCGACCGUAUCAUGAACACCUUCAGCGUGGUGCCCUCUCCUAAAGUCUCAGACACUGUGGUUGAGCCCUACAACGCCACACUGUCCGUCCAUCAGCUGGUAGAAAACACAGACGAGACCUAUUGUAUUGAUAACGAGGCCCUGUACGAUAUCUGCUUCCGCACGCUCAAACUCACAACCCCCACAUACGGAGACCUCAACCAUCUUGUCUCUGCCACCAUGAGCGGUGUGACCACUUGCUUGAGGUUUCCAGGCCAGUUGAACGCCGAUCUCCGUAAACUGGCGGUCAACAUGGUGCCCUUCCCCCGACUGCACUUCUUCAUGCCUGGUUUCGCUCCUCUGACUAGCAGAGGAAGCCAGCAGUACCGUGCACUUACCGUUCCCGAACUCACCCAGCAGAUGUUCGAUGCCAAAAACAUGAUGGCUGCCUGCGACCCACGUCAUGGCCGCUAUCUGACGGUCGCCGCCGUCUUCCGUGGUCGCAUGUCCAUGAAGGAGGUGGAUGAGCAGAUGCUCAAUGUCCAGAACAAGAACAGCAGCUACUUUGUGGAAUGGAUCCCCAACAACGUCAAGACCGCCGUCUGCGACAUUCCACCACGAGGCCUCAAGAUGGCCGCCACCUUCAUCGGCAACAGCACUGCCAUCCAGGAGCUGUUCAAGCGCAUCUCAGAGCAGUUCACAGCUAUGUUCAGGCGCAAGGCUUUCCUGCAUUGGUACACCGGAGAGGGUAUGGAUGAGAUGGAGUUCACUGAGGCCGAGAGCAACAUGAACGACCUGGUGUCUGAGUACCAGCAGUACCAGGAUGCCACCGCCGAGGAGGAGGGAGAGUUUGAGGAGGAGGGAGAAGAGGAGCUCGCUUAAAUUAACCAGUUUGUUCCAUCUUGUUUUCCCUUUCAAAUCUUGUCACCUUUGUUUUUUCGUACUGCAUUUACUGUCACUUAACCUUCAGUUCCUUUUCAUGUUAAUAAAAGAAACGUAAGAACUUAA